GGAAGUCUCGCAAGAUGGCGGCGUUGGCGUUCGAGGUGGUGCUCAGUUGUGAUGCUGGGGGCUCGCUGUGGAAUUGCAACGUGUGGGAGCCGCGCUCAGGGACUACGCUUACCAGCUACCGGGGCGGCAAUACCUCGGCUCGUGGUCUGUGCAUGCUGGCUGGUGAUUACCUCCUGGGAGCGCAGCUCGGCAAGAACUACAUCAGCGUGUGGGAACUGCAGAGGAAGGAUCAGCUGCAGCAGAAGAUCAUCUGUCCCGGGGUUGUGACCUGUCUCGCUGCAUCACCUAAUGGACUUCACGUUACUGCUGGGAUUGGAGAGACCAUCUAUGUGUGGGAGGUAUCUACUGGAAACCUCCUGCUCACACUUAACAGGCAUUACCAGGACUUAACAUGCAUUCGCUUCACUGAUGAUAGCAGCCACUUCAUCUCAGGAGGGAAGGAUAAUCUCGUGCUGGUAUGGAGUUUGUGCAGUAUCUUACAGGUCAGUUUUGCCCGUGUGCCUGAACCCCGAUUCGUCUGGACUCGCCAUACCUUGCCAGUGACAGACAUACACUGUGGAGUUGGAGGCCCCCUAUCCCGUGUUGCGACAGCAUCUCUCGAUCAAACUGUUAAACUUUGGGAACUAUCCUGCGGGGAACUUCUGAUGUCUGUGCUGUUUGAUGUUGGAAUCAUGUCUGUGACCCUCGAUCCUUGUGAAUAUUACCUGUUCUGUGGAGGAAACGAUGGAUCCAUAUUUCAGGUCAACCUGUUUACUGAGCCUGAUCAGAGAGAGAAGAGCUUUCAGACUGACAAAGGUGGCAGCCAGAUUUUCAAGGGACAUCGAAAUCAGGUGACGUGUCUGUCGGUCUCCAUGGAUGGGACAUUGCUAAUUUCAGGAUCACAUGAUGAGACAGUGAGACUGUGGGACAUUCAAAGCAAGCAGUGCUUGAGAACAAUUAAUCAUAAAGGACCUGUGACCAAUGCCUUUCUGACAGUUGCCUCGGCUAACAUGUUCAACCCUGACAGCAGGCCCAGUGUAAGUCUCCCAAAAUUUAGUAGACAUGUACAGAGCUCUGAAAUCACAGACAACGAAGAGGGUGGUACCAUAACUCUACGCCUUCAGCACAACAAGAAGGAGGCUCAGGAAAGUUACCUGGAAAAAGCUGAGGAAUUAUAUUCUGUUAUGUGUGCUGCUGCAGAUAAGCACAUGCUGGGAGAUGGCGAGAACACAAAAAUGAGAGUGGUUGAGCUGGAAGAUGAAGUGAAGACAUUGAAGAAGAUCAAUAGAGACUUGUACGAUUUUUCAGUGCAAGUUCUGACCAAACAGACAUAAGUAGCAGAGAUGGUGAUAGAAAGGGCUGCACAUUAUGUUGCACCCUGUGUCAGGUUUUUGUUGGUAUUAUGUCAAUGCAGACAUUCAUUUCCAAUUGUGGCCCCACUUAGGAGUCUGUUUAAUUUGAAUUAUUUUUGCUGAGUUCAGAGGUCAGGGAUGUUUGUGUCCUAUGUUCUUCCCAUUUGCACAUAGUCAGGUCCACUUAAGUCAGAUGUUUCUCAAGCUGUUAUACAUUGUCAUUGUUGGCCUGUUAACUAUGUUGAUUCCAGACACAUGGGCCUCAAUCUAGUGAUGGUCCAAGUAUAAAUGUGCCAGAUUCACUCAAUCUUAGGAUUACGAGAUCCAAUUGAUAUUGGGUCUUUCUGGUGACUUUUUUUUGGAAAAAAUAUUGCUUUCACCUUUGUUUGAUCUGUAUUUUGAGAAUGUUUGUAAAUAUAGCAGUGCUCUACAUAUUUAUUCCACAUGUGGACCCUGGAGCCCUGUUUGUGCUUCUAAUUCUUCUUCGUAAGUUUGCCCCAUUUGAACUUUGUAAACUGCGAGAUUUGCAAAGGGCUCUUCUCCUGUCGCCACAAUGGGGUUAAGAUCUGUUGUCUGAGCAUCUUGGGUAUAUGCAAACUAAAGGAAACAUGGCUUUAAACUUUAUCUGUGACCUGAAGCUCCAUGGUACACACAUGACUCAUAGACAGAAGGCUUGGACAUUCAAAUACUGAAGUAAUAAUUUCCAGCUCGCUGUAGGUUGUGACAUAUUACCUGUUCUGACUGAACUCAAAAGCCUGAGGUUUGUAUUCAUAGCACAACGGACAUUCACUGUCUCUAUAAUGCACUCAUUGUGUCAAUUAUGGUGGUGAUAUCCAGCUGUUGGAUAUCACCAGAGCUGUAGGUCAACCCUCUGACCGAACAAUGAUACUGUUAGCAAGUGCAGUUAUCCUGGAAUUUGUAUAGGAUAUAAGAGUUCAAAAGGAAUCCAGGCUUUGUGAUCUCCCCUCUUCCUGUGGGGAGGUUGCCUCUUAUUUGACAACUUUCCAUAGUGUUGUGAUUGAAAUCAGGAGCUACGUGCAGACAAAAUCGCAUGCAUAGACCCACAUCCCAUUUUGGGGCGUUCCAGAGUAUGGUCAUCAACUAAGAAAACAAUUGGAAUUGCAAUAUCUAUGCAGUUACUGCAGUAACCAAUCAUGUGACACAGUUCUGACACUUCCGAAUGGCUAGUGCUUUUGUUGCUAUGUAUGCCAAUCUAACUAUGUGGUUUGAUUGACGGGAGCAUUUAGAAUCCCAGCUCCCAUCACAACAUUUGCAAUCUACUCUGUGCCUCAUAUCUAUUCUCUCAAUUUUUUUUCCUGAAAACUUUGUACAUAUCUGGAAUAUCUGACACUUUUUAAAUAAACUUUUUGAAAUAUAGCCACAAAUAA